UAUCCCUUCACCUGACGAGGAAUGUGAAGGGGUCGGUAUACUCGUACUUGUAGAGCCAUUUCAUCGUCGUAUCUCGAGAGGAGAGAGUAUUCCUUGGUAUCUCGAUUGUCGCAACUCGCAAGGCACCCUGGGAGAGGACCUCAAUGCAAAAAAUGUACGGCCAAUAUUCCCUGUCAAAUGGACAUAGGCUCAUACUCCGUAUAAGCUACCCCAACAUAAUUAUUACUCCGUAUUAUUACUGUUGAGAUAUCUAUUCGGAUUGUAAAAGGUGGCGGAUACUCCACAGUAAUGCAAUCGCCAGCUACUCUGUAUUGUCCUUUUUUUGUUUUGGCAUUGAGGAGAGAAAGAGGGAAUAAACGUACUGCACUUUGAAUCUUCUUCUUUCCUACUAAGUGCCGUACUGCCGCCAUCUCCACCACCGCUCACAGCCGGCAUUCCUUAUCAACCACUUGCGGAUCCAACUUCCCGCUGGUAGCGUCAUAUAAAUGGCUGUUAGGGGGGGAAGUCUCGAACUUUUCUGAGCACGCAAAAUGGGCUACAAAGGAGUCAGUUUGAGUUCGGAUCUAUGGCUGGCUCCACAACCUAGUAAACGGUGGGGGGAAUUGUUCUUCCUUCUCUAUACUCCCUUUUGGCUCACCCUCUGUCUUGGCAUUGUUGUUCCUUACAAGCUCUAUGAGAAUUUUACAGAAUGGGAGUACCUGCUUUUGGCACUUGUUUCAGCACUUCCUGCUUUCUUAAUACCAAUAGUUUUUGUUGGAAAGGCUGAUAAAAGACUUCAUUGGCAUGAACGGUACUGGGUAAAGGCCAAUCUCUGGAUAUUAAUAUUUUGCUAUGUUGGAAAUUACUUUUGGACUCAUUAUUUCUUCACAGUGUUGGGGGCUUCCUAUACAUUUCCUUCUUGGAAAAUGAAUGAUGUGCCCCACACAACAUUUCUUCUUGCACAUGUCUGUUUCCUGUUUUACCAUGUUGCGUCCAACAUAACUCUCCGUAGACUACAGGCAGCUAUUGCUAACUUGCCAGAAAACACUCAGUUGAUUCUGAAAGCCAGCUGGAUCCUAGCUUUUUCUUAUUUUAUAGCAUAUCUGGAGACCAUUGCCAUUUCCAAUUUCCCAUAUUAUGACUUUGUGGACCGGGCAUCCAUGUACAAAAUUGGUUCCUUGUUUUAUGCGAUCUACUUUAUUGUGAGCUUUCCAAUGUUUUUGAGGAUUGAUGAGAAACCUGGUGAUUUAUGGGACUUGCCAAGGGUAGCCAUUGAUGCUUUAGGAGCUUCAAUGCUUGUAACAAUUGUACUAGAUCUGUGGCGCCUAUUCCUAGGUCCCAUAGUUCCUAUUCCAGAAUCAAAGCAAUGCCUUCCAACAGGUCUUCCUUGGUUCCAUGGAAGUCAUUAGGAGUUUAAGAGCGAUCUACCUUGUCUUCUCUCCUGCUUCGGUUAUCUCCUCUCAGCUUGCCAAGGCCCAAGAGUAAUGCUCUGAAAGUGCAAAUUAAGUCGUGUUUGCAUAUUUUGGUUGCAAGUGUUUUUUUUUUUUUUUUAAUUAUUACCAUCAUGCUUAAGGCUGUGUUGUUGUGGUUGCAUUUUCUUCAUUUAACCAUUUGGUAUUCUAUUGGCUGGGUAUACAUCAGUGCAUACUAGCACUAUUAUCUUCAAAGUGAUCGAGUCCAAUGAUCUCCAAGACAGUAGUUCUAGUCAUAUUGAUAUUGUUUCGUGGUUACCUUGUAUAAUUAAUCAUAUGUCAAGUGUGUGUUUGACAUGUCAUUUUGUCUUGAUUGUAGAUGAAGUAUUACUCCGUAUAAUUUUUCAACCAUCGCCAUUGAGUAGGUGAAAUGGAAAAGAAGUAGAUGAAAAGAAAAUAGCUAUUCUUUUAAUUUUAUUUAAUUUUAU